UACACUUUUACGGUUCAGGAAAUACGUACGAUACGGUCGGGGUCGGGAAUGGAACGAGGAAGUUGGACAUUGCAUUGGUUUGCAUGAAUGUAUUUUAUUGCAAGCGAUACCUGCGAGUGGUAUAAUUUCAUGAUAAGUCAUUUCUCUUGCCACCAUUUUGUUCUAUUCUGAAUAUAGGCCUAUUUUAUCAUAGAUAAUGAACAACGCGAUUUUAAGGGUCACAGUGCUCGCCACUGUCGUCACCAUGACAUCAGCGACGAUCACACCAACGAGCGACAUGGUGACUGUUCGAUUAGGUGAAGCGAUACAUUUAUCAUGUGUUGUGACAGAUACUGAUAUAAAAGACAUAUCAGAUGUGCGUUGGUACCGCGGUACAAACCUCGUUCCCUAUGGCUGUAUUGAAAGUGCAGGCGGGUGUCCAGCCGCGGGAUCUCCGUGUCCCGAGGGGAUCACUACGGAUAACCGAGGCACCGUACGAUAUGAAAUAGGGGCCAGCAAUGAUCAAGUAUUGACUCUGACAAUUAACAGUAGUACAUUGAACGAUGACACCAGUUUCUCAUGUGGUAUUCUAAAGGUCGGAGGCACCUCCCAUACAUCGAGUGGAAUCACCGUUACUGUGUAUGUUCCUGAAGCAACCACUCCCGACGGCCAACAAACACUACCGGGAACAACCUCAACCACUGCGUCUACCACCAACUCACCAGCUACAGAGGGUGGGUCCACAUCGCCAAAUCAAACAAGCACCACAACCACUAGUGAUACAACAUUCACGACAAGGCAAACUACAGUGGGUAGUACCAUCUCGCCACAUCAGUCUAUUAACACUACAACAAAGGAAGAUGCAUCCUCAACAACAAGGCAUAGGCCUACUACAGGUGAAGUCACCACUACCAUCGAACCAGACCCCGGACUUUCCACCCUUAUGACGACUAUUGUGACAGCAAUGACAACAGCGUUGACAUCGGCACCUGGUGACAUCGGUUCCCCUGUCAGCACCACGAUAGUAAUUGCAGUGGCAGUAUCAGCUUGUGUCAUCGCCAUCGUCUUACUCAUCAUCAUAGCUUGCCUCGUAUCGAGGAAGAGUCGUCCCAGCGAGCCAACGCUGCUCAAUCUUACCGAACCCACACCAGGCAGCCGAGAUGUGAACAUGUACAGACGGGGUCAAGAAUCUCCACAUCUGUACGAAGGCACGCUGGCGAGGACCACGCAACCACAGGACGUGGAAAGCUCAAGCAGCGAACUAUCACCACCCAUUUAUGCCACCCCAAGCACCAGACGCAAGGAUCAAACGGCUUGCAAUGUUUAUACCCAGCAGACUACUGUCCCAUUAAGGCGACCGGGGCACCGUAACCAGCAUGACGAUCCAGAGGUUAAUGCCGUCGAACCCGGCCAAGACAAGGUAGGGUACCCUGCUUCAGAGCCACCACAAAGCGAACCACCAGAGUAUGCCAUGGUCGACCCUCAUUCACGCCCAUCAUCGGCAGUAGAAAGCGGGUACUCUGCUUUGCGUGUGGCAGCAGUGAGACCCGAUCAAGCCGAAGAAGGUGCCUGUGCGGCACGCCCUAGGGCAGAGACCCCACAACCACCCGAGUACGCUCAGCUCGAACCAGACUCGGAACCACAAACAGCAGGAAUCCCGGAACCUUCUUCACCAGAGUAUACUACGCCCAAACCAGCCUCAGGAGCUGCUGAAUAUGGUACGGCUACAUCAGUGAACCCAGAUGAUGUAAUCCCGGAACAUGUCCCACCGGAGUAUGCUACGCUCGAACCAGAUUCAGAGCCACAAGCGGACACUGAGACAUCUGAUUACGGCGACGAGGUAGAGCUUCUGACGGAUGAUUUAUACGCCGAACCGUUCCCAACGAUGUAACCCUAUCACAGGAAAACACCUUAUGGUUAUUCAAAGAUGACAACGAGUUUGACUCUGUUUCGCCCGUCUCUCCCAAAUAACAUGUUUAGUAAUAAUUAUAUCGAAAAUAACCAGUUUUUAUAAAGCGCUUUUCAC